GUUACUUGCUGUCAUCCUCUCUCCCUGAUUGCUUUCUCUUACUGAGAGUCCCUGCCUGCUCUUGGUGCCCGCUCCCAGGUGAGCACUUCUCCUUUGUUACACUAAGUUUAAGGAGCAGAGAAGGAGAGGAGGGGGAAGAGGGAGGAUCUCUGUGUCAGCCAGUGGAUGUCAGUGCUCUGCAUGGAUCUCUCUCUCUUUGCCAGUGUCUGUGAGAAGAGCAGCAUGCACUCUGAUGAUAGGUGACAACGAUUCGCUCCCCCCCUCCAUCUCCACCUGCACUCAGCACAGGAAGAAUAAAGGGGGACCUGUCUGCUCUUUGCCUCAAGCCCGGAUUGACUUGCUACUAGACUGACAGCUCUCUCACCUUCACCUCGCUGGUUUGCACUGCCAGGGCUCGCCAACAGCAGCGUAGCCAUGAAUCCGGACUUCAGGAGCUGGGUACUUGUCACUGUCACCCUCCUAGUGGUCUUCCUCAUCCUGGCUGACAUCUCCGAGCUGGAGCAAGAGAUCGGGAGCACUGGAGGGAGAGGCACAAUCAGAUCAGCUGUGGAAAGCUUACAUAGCAAAUCUAAUAGAGUGGAGUUAGCAAUCAAUGACUCUUCUGCCCCAUCUGGAACAGAGAGAAGUCGUGACAACAUCAAAUCCAAUAUUAAACCACCAAUAGCUAAAUGGAGACACAACCAGACACUGUCAAUGAAAAUCAGGAAACAAAUAUUACAUUUUCUGGAUGCUGAAAGGGAUAUCUCGGUUCUGAAGGGAACUUUAAAGCCAGGUGAUAUAAUCCAUUAUAUCUUUGAUCGAGACAGCACCAUGAAUAUAUCCAAGAACUUGUAUGAACUUUUACCUAGAACUUCCCCUCUGAAAAACAAACACUUUAAAACAUGCGCUAUUGUUGGAAACUCGGGAAUUUUACUCAACAGUGGCUGUGGAAAAGAGAUUGACUCCCAUGACUUUGUCAUAAGAUGUAAUCUUGCACCUGUUGAAGAAUAUGCCAAGGACGUUGGCACAAAGACACAUCUUGUAACCAUGAACCCUUCAGUUGUCCAGCGUGCCUUUGAGGACCUUGUCAAUGAUACCUGGAAAGAGAAGUUUAUGCAGCGCCUGAAAAGCUUGAAUGAAAGCAUCCUGUGGAUCCCAGCAUUUAUGGCCAAAGGGGGUGAAGAACGAGUAGAAUGGGUGAACGACCUUAUAAUUAAACAUCAUAUAAAUGUGCACACAGCCUACCCUUCCCUACGUCUCCUCCAUGCAGUCAGAGGAUACUGGCUGACAAACAAGGUGCACAUAAAAAGACCUACAACUGGGAUUCUAAUGUAUACAUUGGCUACGCGGUUUUGCAACAGGAUCUAUCUGUAUGGCUUCUGGCCUUUCUCCCGAGAUCUCCACCAAAACCCUGUAAAGUAUCACUACUAUGACAGCCUAAAAUAUGGAUACACAUCACAAGCAGGACCACAUGCAAUGCCACUGGAAUUUAAGGCUCUAAAAAACCUACAUCUUCAGGGAGCUUUGAAACUUAAUGUUGGAGAAUGUGAAUCAGCAACAUAGCAUCCUAUGAAACAUUAUGCUUUCUUAAACUGGUGGUACAAAGGAUUAUUUCAGACAAUUGCCCUGAUCUAACUGAAUAUUAAAAGUAUUAUUGGAAGAUACAUGUGGACCAAAAGAU